UUGGUUUUCCGCGUUUCGUGCUCUGUUCCUGAAGAAAUCAGAGACAAAUAAUACUAUGGCCGUUUCUUUCCUAGCUUGUUUUCUCAUUCUUUCCAUGUUCUCAACCAUUCCCUUCACACACGUUGUGUCUGGAAUGAUCGGAGUCAAUUACGGUCGGAUAGCUAACAACCUCCCGUCGCCGAAGAAUGUAGUGAACCUUGUCAAAUCACAAGGAAUCAGCCGUAUCAAAAUCUACGACACAGAUAAAAACGUGUUAACCGCGCUUGCAAACUCCGGGAUCAAAGUAAUCGUCGCUCUCCCCAACGAGCUUCUCUUCUCCGCCGCUUCAAACCAAUCAUUUGCCGACUACUGGGUUCAAACCAACGUAACCUCAUACUUCCCAGCGACCGAGAUCGAAGCUAUUGCCGUCGGUAACGAAGUGUUCGUCGAUCCGAAGAACACGACUCCGUAUCUCGUCCCCGCGAUGAAGAACAUUCACACCUCUCUCGUCAAGUAUAAUCUCGACAAAGCGAUCAAGAUCUCUUCUCCCGUUGCUCUUAGCGCGCUGGCUAAUUCUUACCCGCCAUCUUCCGGUUCUUUUAAACCGGAUUUAAUCGAACCGGUUAUCAGACCGAUGCUGGAUCUGUUACAGCAUACGUCGUCGUAUCUCAUGGUUAAUGCAUACCCGUUCUUCGCUUACUCAGGAAACGCCGACAAAAUCUCCUUAGACUACGCUCUGUUUCAAGAAAACGCCGGGAACAUAGAUUCCGGUACCGGACUGAAGUAUAACAGUCUCUUUGACGCUCAAGUCGACGCCGUUUAUGCUGCAUUAUCCGCCGUCGGAUUCAACGACGUUAAGGUGAUGGUGACGGAAACAGGGUGGCCCUCCGUUGGAGACGAUAACGAGCUUGGCGCAAGCGAGGCAAACGCGGCGGCGUAUAACGGUGGACUUGUGAAGAGAGUGUUAACGGGAAACGGGACGCCGUUAAGACCGAGAGACCCACUCAACGUUUAUUUGUUCGCGUUGUUUAACGAGAACCAGAAACCAGGGCCAACGUCCGAGAGAAACUACGGGUUAUUCUACCCAAACGAAGGGAGAGUGUACGACGUCCCGUUCACGUCAAGGUCAACGCCGGUCAACGGUAACGGAGCUGGGGUUCCGGUGGAGCAGGAGGGACAUACGUGGUGCGUUUCGAACGGAGAGAUGGCGAAGGAGAAGCUUCAGGCGGCUCUUGAUUACGCUUGUGGAGAAGGAGGAGCUGAUUGCCGUCCGAUUCAGCCGGGUGCCACGUGUUACCAUCCUGAGUCGUUAGAGGCGCACGCUUCGUACGCUUUCAACAGUUACUACCAGAAGAACGCGCGUCGUGUUGGUACGUGCUUCUUUGGUGGAGCUGCUCACGUCGUCACGCAACCUCCUCGAUUUGGGAAAUGUGAGUUUCCCACCGGACAGUGAGGGCGGAGUAGUUAGCGGCAUUUUUUCUCUCUUCUUUUUGCUUGAUUUAUUUAGCUAGUAGUUUGU